CCCUGUGACAUGUGCUUUAGUUGCAGCAGAAAGGAAAUGUGUCAUCUGUGGUUUGGUUUUAAAAGUGGAAAGCUAGCUGUACAUACACUUUUUUUUUAAACUGCAGAUUUACUUUAAGGUUCAUAUUCUCCAAGUCUAUCCUGCUUUAAAUUACUUGGAAGCUGUGCUUCAAGACAAGAAAAGAAGUGGCUUAUUAAAAUCAGGUUAUAAUCAGAUUUUGACCAAGAGUUUGUAAGACUUCCAGCAUAUUCACGGACAUGGAACACACAGGACUCUACCUGCAUUUUGCCCUUCUGAUGACAAUGGUUUUUUCCUGGUCUCCUGGAAUAAACGCAAACUACACCCAUCUGUGGGCUAACAGUACUACAGUCUGGGAUCCAGAUAUUCAAAAUAAGCCGGGCAGAAAGCAAAAUGAAAACAUUAACACAAGCCCUACAACUUCUGAAGUAGAUAAAAGAGGUAACGCUAUAAACAGGACUGAAAUAGCAACAUCCUCUGAGGUCCCAUCUCUAACGCCUCCAUCGGAACUGGAGCUUUAUAUACCUUUGCUCAUCACGAACAGUUCUCCAACAGUACAGAGCACAGAAAACACAACCAAAGGUCACCGUGAAAUUUUCAAAAAAGAAGUCUGUGAUGAAAACAACAACAAAAUGGCUAUGCUAAUUUGCUUGGUUAUAAUUGCAGUGCUUUUCCUUAUCUGCACCCUUCUAUUUCUAUCAACCGUAGUUCUGGCAAACAAAGUCUCAUCUCUCAGACGAUCAAAACAAAUAGGCAAGCGUCAGCCUAGAAGCAAUGGUGAUUUUCUGGCAAGCAGUGGUCUCUGGCCUGCUGAUUCAGACACUUGGAAAAGAACACACCAGCUCACAGGGCCCAACCUAAUGAUGCAAUCUACUGGAACACUCAUAGCUACAAGGGAAAGAAAAGAUGAAGGAGGAACUGAAAAACUCACUAACUAACAGGGGCUUUAGUAAAGAAAAAUGCAAAGUAGCAAUGAGAAAGUUUAUGAAGUAAAAAAUGAAAUCAGUUUGAUGUUCAAUGCCAACAUGUUGGUCUGGCAGUCAAAGCUGCUGACAUGGCAGCCUUGCAAUUUAGAAUCAAGCAGGUGAGAAGGGGAGAAGUCUGCCCACCUUCUUCUCAAUUACUUAAACUGUGCACUUUUGUCCUGACACUGAAUAUUUUAAAAAGCAAAUAACCAAACACUCAAGAAUGUAGGAAGGUUUUAAAGGCGAGUUGAAGGACUAACUAAUGGAGGCAGAAAGGGACAAUUAAAUAAACAUUUCCUGUUCAGCAACAGUAGUUAGAUGAUCUUCGUCUGAAUAUAAUUCAACUUUGAAGAGUUUUAGUGUGUCCUCAGAGGCAAGUAUAUGCUUCAACAUCUAAUGGAAGCCAAAUUCCUAAUGUAUAGAGUUGAACUGUAGUUUAACAGUACCUUUGCUGAAUGUGACAGAAUCUGGACCAGCUCAUAGACCGGCACAGCAAUUUUAUGCCAGAUGUUUUCAUCUUUAUGUAUGGCACACAGAAGAGUUUCUCUAUUACAAAUAUUUAAUUAAAACGUUUAAUUUUGUAUAACAAAUUAAGACUCAUUAGAAUAAAACUGACUACAUAUAUUUGUAUUCCCUUUAUUAUAUUAGGGAACACACUGUAAAGAUCAAUAAGUAAAAGAGCUUAAUUGAAACAGAUGACACUGUAGCCAUAACAGAAGCCCAAGUGUAAAUGUAAAGCACAUCUUACUGUUUAAAUGCAAUGUACUUCUACACAUACUGCUUAUUGGAAGAUUUAUAGCAAAUAUCCAAAGGGUGACUAAUUCUCUGAUUUCAAAGGGGCCAAGCGGCCCAAUAAAUGAUGGUUUACUGUU